AUGAAUCUCUUUGCCAGGUCGUUGGGUGGAAUCACAAGUGACAUCCUCUUCAAGUACAUGGGAUUCCGCGGCCGCAUCUGGGCACAGUUCUUGUCCCUCUUCUUUGAAGCAAUUUUCCUCUUUUGCUUCGGCCUGGUGGAUAACUCCCAGCCAUGGUAUGUGGCCUUGGCAGUGCUGGUGUGCUUCUCCCUGUUUGUCCAGAUGGCAGAGGGAACCAGCUACGGCAUCGUGCCUUUCAUGAACAGGCCUCAGCUAGCGGUGGUGUCUGCCCUUGUUGGGGCUGGAGGGAAUUUGGGAGCUGUCAUCGCAGGCUUUUGCUUCUACAGGCCGAUCGAUGAUCCCUUGCUUCCUUUCCAAGUGCACGCUGGCUACGUGAUGUUCUGGGCAUUGCUCAGCCCUUGCUACUACUGGGCGGAGCACGGUGGCAUGUUCCAUGGCCCGAAAGAGGUAACGUCGGAGAAGCCCGAGGCUAAGGUGGCUGAGCCCACCGUGUAA